UGGUGACACUAGAAAAAACACAUUUGACGUCAAUGCAAACGCGACAGCGAAACUCAUUUGGUAAACACCCCUGGGUGGUGUCAUAAGCUGUAACUUUUCAAAUGACCUGCUUUUAUGUAAGAUCUAUAUAGCAUGUAAACGCCAUUCAAGUGGGGAUUCAUGACCACGGAACCGCUCGCAAGUUGUAAGAUCUGCAUGUACAUAUACUGUGCAUUAGCAGAUGCGGGCUACUUCCUGAAAGUGGGGUUAGCAUAGCAGCCUGUUAAUAUUGAUGUUGUUGAUCUGGCUCGUCUUGUGCAAGUGACUUCCGUAACUCGACUAACAGGACUGUUUCAGCGAGGAUCUCCCCCGACGGAAUGGAUUACAAGAGUGCCUUGGACGUGUACCGGGAGAUGCUACUGCUGUACGUGGAGCAGGGCCGGACCCAGGUGAACAGCCUGUGUGCGGACCUGGAGCCCUGGCAGGUCAUCGGCCUCACCGCGCUCACCACGCUGGGCGGCGUCUGGGCCAAGGGCUUCCUGUUCCAGCAAGAAAGUCUCACGUCACGAAUGAAGAAGCGGGUCUUCCGACUCAUCAGAAAAAUACCCUACGUUGGCAUGGCAAUCCAGAGCCAGCUGAACAAGGCCCUGGACGACAUGUCGGUCAGUCUGUGCACUCUGAAGGAGGGCAUGAGCUACACAAAGCAGCUCCCGGCCGCCGGCCUUUCCCAGGCCCAAGUGCUCGACAUGAUCAAGGAAUACCAGACGCUGAACGUGGUCCAAUGGGAGAAGGGCUGGGUGUCGGGGGCUGUGUACUGGGGAGACGAGACGCUGACCCAACUCUUGGUUAAGGUGUACGGCGACUUUGCGUGGAGCAACCCGCUCCACCCCGACAUCUUCCCCGGGGUGCGGAAGAUGGAGGCGGAGGUGGUGAGGAUGACCUGCUCGCUGUUCCACGGAGGUCCCGAGUCCUGUGGCACGGUCACCUCCGGCGGCACAGAGAGCAUCCUGAUGGCGUGCAAGGCCUACAGAGACAUGGCGUACGAGCGCGGAGUCAAGCACCCCGAAAUCGUUGCGCCAAAGAGCGUCCACGCGGCCUUCGACAAAGCGGCGCACUACUUUGGUAUGAAGCUGGUCCACGUUCCCUUGGACCCGGACACCAUGAAGGUGGACAUGAAGGCCAUGAAGAGGGCCAUCAACGGGAACACGGCCAUGCUGGUCUGCUCCGCCCCGCAGUUCCCCCACGGCAUCAUCGACCCUGUGGAGGAAGUAGCCAAGCUGGCUCUGCGCUACAAGCUGCCCCUGCACGUGGACGCGUGCCUGGGGGGGUUCCUCAUCGGCUUCAUGGCCAAGGCGGGCUACCCCCUGGCCCCGUUCGACUUCAGGAUCAAGGGGGUCACCAGCAUGUCAGCCGACACUCACAAGUAUGGCUACGCCCCCAAAGGCUCCUCGGUCAUCCUGUACAGCGAGAAGAAGUACCGCCACUUCCAGUACUUUGUGGCUCCCAACUGGCAGGGCGGGAUCUACGCCUCGCCCUCCAUAGCGGGCUCCAGGCCGGGGGGCAUCAUCGCCGCCUGCUGGGCCACCAUGAUGCACAUGGGCGAGGACGGAUACGUGGACGCCACGCGCAGGAUCAUCAGCACCGCGCGCACCAUCGAGGCCGAGGUCCGUAAGAUCAAGGGGCUGUUUGUGUUCGGGAAGCCCGAGGUGUCCGUGGUGGCCAUGGGCUCCGACGACUUCGAUAUCUUCCGCCUCUCCAACGCGCUGACGACCAAAGGCUGGAACCUGAACACACUGCAGUACCCCUCCAGUAUCCACAUCUGCUGCACGGUCCUGCAUACAAAGGAGGGCGUGGCCGAGAAGUUUGUCAAGGACGUCGGGGAACAGGUGGCCAUCAUCAUGAAGAACCCCAAGGAGAAGACCACUGGAAUGGGAGCCAUCUACGGCAUGGCGCAGUCCAUCCCGGACAGGUCCAUGGUGACGGAAAUCUCCUGCGGAUUCCUGGACUGCCUCUACAGCACUGAGGUGCACAAGCCCACAGCUCCAGAGGUUCACAUGAACGGGAACGGUAAAGCCCACUGAGCACCAGCAAGCUCACCUGGCCGACGCCUCUGGCCGCACCCAGACUACCUUCCACCUGCACACCUGUAAGAGGACUACCAGUCUCUCUCUCUCUCUCUCCUCCCCCCGUCCUUUGGCCUGUCCGCUCAGUAAAAAUCCUACAGUCCAACGGUUGCCUUAUCUUGCCUCGGCUAACCUGACUGUUUGCACUGACAAACGACCUGGGAUGCACAAGCCAUCGUGUUUUAACACACGAGAGGGAAACUACACAUUUACUGUGCCUAGAAACCAUAGAGAAAUUAUGACUCAAAUCCUUCAUUCUAAUGAUUAUCUGAAAUGUCUUUGAUUUUUGUUUGUUAUCGUUUUCUUUUGCUGUUUGUUUUUCCCGAUUUGAGUUUUAUCUGUGCUUAAUUAUGUCUUGGAUCGGGAUUUCAAUCAUCAAACUAAAUUAAUUUUAGUUUUUCAUAUAUUCGGUUUACAAGUGAAUGCAUUCAAGUAUUUUUUUUUCUUCCUUUUAUACUUGUAACAAUCAAACAGGAACAUUUCAAAAUGCGAUCUUCGCUGAAUAUGUGACGACGCCUAGAAACACAAACCACUGAAAGCGUAACACGCUGCUCUUCUGCCCUCCAGUGUACAACUGCAUGUACUGCAGUAACCUGGUUGCCCUGAAUGCAGUUUUUCAGUUUUUCCACUUUUAUUUGUGUUUUAACUUAACUAAACUUUGCUGCUUUUAAUAGAACUACAUUGAUGAUAUAAUAUUUUCAGUAGCUAUAAUAAUUUCUUUGAAAUAUCUUUCCUAGCACUUAAUACAAAUGUAAUUCAUACUUUUGCUAUGAUACAUGACUGUGGAAGAAGGUUUCAGAGAGAAUUCCAUGUCACUUAGGUUAAAGGAUAAGAAAUCGUUUUAAUAAGGGCUGACAUUGAAUGUUUCGACUCACUUCCCCUUUAAAAUCAUUUUUUCAAAAUUUCAAAAGCAAAAAUAUGUUUUAAUUCAUCCUGUGGAGUAAAAUGAUUGUCAUUAUAUAUUUAUCUGUGGUUGACAGAUAACCUGAAUAUUUUCCUUCCUUGUAAUUCAAGAUCCUCUCUGAAUCUACCUCAAUCUCCACCUAUCAUGACCAUGUCUCUCUUCUUCAUUCUGGUUACGUAAUAGGACCUCUCACACAGGCUAUGUCAACAGUCGGUAGAUUUCAGGCGUCUGACAUGGGUUUAAACUAUGUAGGCGUAUCCUCUUUAUACUGUGUUUCUGUCCGACUGCUCAAAAGUUCACCUUUUUCAGUCCCAUGUGAAAAGGGGAACAAUCCAUACUCGAAUGACCUUGGACCUAUUUUGUUUUGUUUUUGACAUACCCGCGUGUUAUUACUCCUAUUGAUUGUUGAAACUGUGUCGCCUAUAUCCAUUGCAAUAUUUCAAUGUUCACCCAAAACAUGACCUUGUUCCAGGAGUGACAACAACAGCACAUAUUUCAUAGUUUCAGAAAGCAGGCAUGUCUUUCACCCAACGACGGUUCUCUAACUUGCGUGUGUCAUUUUGCUGUGUGUGUUUUUGUGUAUUAGACCACUGUGUGAUUUGUGUUUCAUUGAUUAUCUAUAAUCCUGGCCAGUCCUAUUCUUUUAGGAUCGUACAACCUUUUUAAUAUUUUUAUAUUGAGUUGUGAAUGUAUGCGAUUUUUUUUGCAUUCAGAAAGACUUCAGAAGCUGUUCCAGUGUUUCCUACUGGCCAGGUCUUGUCCACCAUGUUGGCUAUGUUUCUGCGUUGCUAUUGGUGCCCGGUAAACUGAAUUAUGGAUUUUUAAGAUGCAAUCAAGGGAUCAAACGCAUCCAUGUUGUGUAGGAUGGGGUUAGCGAAAAUAUGAGUUUAAUCACGGAGCUAUUUCUAAUUUCACUCUUUUCGUACCAUGUCACCGUCUCAUGCAUACGGUUUUAAUGUUCAUGAAGGUGUUCAUUACUCAUCCGAAAUGUGUAUUUGUUUAGGUUUGUGUCGUCGGCUGUUAUUUAAAAGCACCACAUAGCAAUAAUAGAGCAUGGCUCCUCGUUGGCCCGACCAGAGCUCAUGUUAACAGAUCCUGUGGUUGUUAGCAGACUCAGGGAUUUGGCUUUGUAACCACCAUUGGCGUGGCCCAAUGCUCCUUUUGAAUGUUGUCCAUUUAAAUUAAUAAAUACCAUGUUGCUAGAA